AUGAUCCCAGGGGGAUGUGUAUUGAGGUACGAGGUGGAGAGGGUGGUGGAUAAAAGAGCCCCUCUGGCUCUGCCCACCCCCAAUGUGGCACCAGCCUGUCAGAAGAUGGCUCUUCUGCUCAUGUGGUCCCUAUUUAACCACGUUUAUGUCUUCGGGUUCGCCAGCAUCACCCAAACUCCAGCCUACAGCUGCUCUCUGCAGGGCCCCUUUGAACCAAACUUCUUAGCUGAUGGAGAUUACAUCAUUGGGGGCAUUUUCCCUCUGCACUACGUCAUGGAUAUGCCAGACCUGAACUGUACUUACAAGCCGUCGCCCACACAGUGUCAUGGGUUUGACCCCAGGGCUUUCCGCUGGUCUCAAAGUUUGAGGUUCGCUGUGGAGGAGAUCAACCGGAGUCAGCACCUGCUACCCAACCACACCCUGGGCUACAAGAUCCUUGACUCCUGUGCAUAUCCAUUGACCGGACAGCGGGCAGCCCUGGCUAUGCUGAAUGGACCUAGUGAAACCCAGAGCGCCAUGUGUUCUGGUCCAUCUCCUCUUCUGGCUGUGGUUGGAGAAUCAGGCUCCGCACAGUCGAUCAUUGUCUCUAGGAUCCUGCAGCCUUUUCGCAUUCCAAUGAUAAGUUAUUUUUCCUCCUGUGCUUGCCUGAGCAAUAGGAGAGAGUUCCCCACAUUCUUCCGAGUGAUACCUAGCGAUGACUACCAAGUGAAGGCUAUUGCUCAGCUCCUGCAGCACUUUGGAUGGACGUGGGUGGGAGUGCUUAACGGGGACCAUGCAUAUGGCAGGUUCGCCUUGCAAGGGCUCAGGAGGGAGCUGGCAAACACAACCGUCUGCAUCGCCUAUCACGUCAUGAUUCCCUUGCUCUACACCAGGCAGAGAGCCCUGGAAAUUCUGGAUGUGAUGAGGCAUUCUACUGCAAAAGUGGUCGUGGCUUUCUCUGCUGAAGGAGAGCUCACACCAUUCCUGAAGGAGUACAUGGAACAGAACAUCACUGGCAUCCAGUGGAUCGCCAGUGAAGCCUGGGUAACAGCCUCCCUCUUUGCCGGCAGUGAGUUCUACCCAUACUUGGGUGGCACCAUUGGGUUUUCCAUCCGCCAAGGGAUGGUCCCUGGGCUCGGAGACUACCUGCUGACUGUGAACCCGCUGAGGUACCCCAAUAAC